GCGGUCCUUAUCUUGACAUCACCACCCUCCUCCUGUUGAAAUGAACGUCCUUGUAUAUUCCGGACCAGAAGUCAUUCAGUUGUCUCUUGGGGACACCAUUUCUACCCUUCGUUCUCUUCUCGUUCCCAAUUAUUCUGUACAGCAAGUUUCCUACCAGGUUCUCAAGUCUCAGCCAUGGCCCACUUCUUGCGCAUUGCUCGUUUUUCCUCGAUGUCGUGCAGGAUUUCCGUCGUCGGUGCCUUCUAUCAAUAGUUUUGUCGAAAAUGGGGGAUCGCUGCUGGCCUUUGGCACAGGCGUCCAAUGCUCUCCCCGUGGAAUCUCCAGUUUUGGUUCUCUAAGUCUCGCCGACGAGGCUUCGUUCAGGCUCUACGAUCGUGCCUCCAGAUGUUAUCUAACGCCGAUAAUUUCUCCUCAAGCAAAGGAACAGUCUUCAAUAACUCGAAUCCUCUCCAAAGAUGGGUGUAUCGAAGGGAUCGAGGGACUUUCAGGCUUAAUCACUGGCUUCGAGGAUAGUGGAAAUUACGAAUCGCUGGCCACCUACUCCAAUGAACAAUCCGAGUCCAACAUUGCAGGGGUAAAAUGUGCUGUAGGUGGUGGUUCCGUGAUAUUUUGGUCUUUCAAUAUCGAGCAUCCCGUUACCAAUGAAGACCCCGAGCUACUUCGGAAAUCCUUGCUUCGUACCACUCUCACAAAACUUGGUCUCAGGGUUCCCUCCCCUGAUGCUCACUCCGUAUCCCGUCCUUUACCCCAAUUCCUCGUGGGCCAUCCCUCCAAACCGGAAAUUGUCGCACGGAUUAUUAGUGCCAUAUCGGGUGGUUCUGGAUCGGAGUUGAAAGCAUUUGAGGACGAGAACGAUAAGUUGCGCUUCCAUGAACCGCAGGAGUAUCCAGAUGUCAAAGUCGAAGCCCAGAAGGCGUAUCUGGCCUCAGAAGAUCCCGCCGCAUGGCAGCCAAAACAUAUCAUCGUUUAUCCCAAUGGCGAUCUUCCUGACGACAAGUCUACACCCUUGUUUCAAGUCAAGACUUUCUUCGAUAAGCUGUCUGUGGCGCGUUCGGAUGCCGGUUGCUCCACAACGAGCGACACCUGGGGUUUUGGUGAAGCCUUGCUUUACGGCGAAAUCGUGACGAGCACCCAGACAAUGGUUGACAAGAAUCCUCGCCUUCUCGCAGCGCUUCCUACUCCCUUCCUGUCUCUAGCAUCGUUCCAGCUUGCAGGGCGCGGCAGAGGAAGCAAUAUCUGGCUCUCACCCGCGGGCUGUCUACAGUUUUCCCUUUUGUUACGCGUGCCUUUAGCAUCGUUCCCAACGAACAAGCUGGUCUUUGUCCAGUACUUGUUUGCCCUCGCGGUAACCGAGGCAUGCCGAGAUGACAGCGUCCUGGGAAGAAGGGGUGAAAGUGUUCGUAUCAAGUGGCCGAAUGACUUGUAUGCCGUCUUUGGGCCCGAAGACGGGGACAAGAAGAAGAUUGGAGGGAUUCUUGUUAGUACGAAUUUCUCAGGAGGGAAGUGCGACAUCAUCAUUGGUUCAGGGCUGAAUGUGCUCAACCCGCCUCCCAUCUUCUCUUUAUCCCAGCUACAAGGCAACGACUUGCCGCUUAGCAUGGAGACUAUCGCUGCCGUGAUUUUAGCAAAGUUCGAGAAGAUGUGGACCGUUUUCGUACAAAGCAAGGGCUCGUUUGAGUCAUUCAUGGCAUUGUACUUGGAUAGAUGGCUUCAUUCCGAUCAGCUGGUGACUCUGACAACAAUGGUCCCUUCGAAAAAGGUUCGCGUCAGCGGUUUAACAUCCGACCACGGGUUGCUGCGCACUGUCCCGGAACGAACGGGCUGGUCAUCUGGGGAAGAAGGGUUCAUCGACUUACAGCCAGAUGGCAAUAGCUUCGACUUAAUGGCCGGACUGAUCAAAUCGAAAUCCUCAUAAAAUUGUGGUGGACAGUUCUAGGUAUGGCUACAUUAUCUACGGAGGUUUCCUGCACCACAGUGACAACAGUUAAGGCUACACUUGGAAUA